UCAUGGCAUCACCGCAGAUGAAGGAGCGUCCAUCGGGCGCUGUGUUAAACACUAUAUCAAAAGGAGCAUCUCCAGAAUCCAAAUGCCCGAUAUGCCUGGAUCACUUCAAAAACAUAUCGUACCUUGAUGUGUGCCUGCAUAAGUUCUGCUUCUGCUGCAUCCGCGAGUGGUCGAAGAACAAAGCAGAGUGCCCUUUAUGCAAGCAGCCGUUUAAUUCAAUUUAUCACACCAUAAAGUCCGAAGAUAACUACCAGAGGUUCGACCUGCGACCAACUGAAAACGGCUCAUUUGGCAACAUGUCAGGGCAGAGAUUCAGGUAUCGCACCACGCUCACCGGCGAGCGCAGGCUAGCGCCGAGGAGAACAUCGUCUCCUCCUGACCACGGGGUCUUAUUCGAGGACCUAAGAGGAUCUGUUCCACAGCGGCACAACAGAGAUCUCCACAGCAUGUUAAGGAGGUUGGCAGAGGAGAGACAGAGGAGAGAGAGAGAGGGAAGGUCUCUGCGAAGUCUUCACGAACAACAAGCGGUUAAAUUCAGACGGGCCUUGUACAGGAGAGGCGUGCGAGUCCAGAACGUGCAGGACGGUGGCCGUAGCAGGGAGACUUCUGCAGAGUUCUUCAGAAGAAAUCCUGCUUGUCUCCACAGGCUUGUGCCUUGGGUGAGACGAGAGCUGACUGUCCUGUACGGUACUCACGGGUCGCUUGUCAACAUAGUGCAGCACAUCAUCAUGACUCUGAUCACUCGGCAUAACUUGGACGAGCAGGCAGUUCU